UCCCAUGAUUCCUUGAGAAAAGGUUCCAGAUUUUCUUACAUACGGGUUUCCUGUAGCCCACCGGUGUCAGAAACAGCGCAUGCAUUUGUUGCUACAUUGUCCUGUUUUUUGUAUUUAUUGGGUUUUAUUUUUGUAGGUAAAUCGUAGCACCGCUGUUGGAGACUGGUUUUGUUCUGGGUCUUUAUUUUACUCAGUAGGUUUCCUUCAGGAUGUCAUACUCUCCUCCAGUCCGCCCGCAGAUCGGUAUCCCUCAGUUACCUCCCAGGCUACCCCCUCCAUCGUUCGCAGGCUUUGCCCCACCGGUUCCGCCAGGUACCCCUAUGAUCCCCGUUCACAUGGGCUUGUUGGCACCUCCACCCACAGUUCUGGUCCCGACCACAGUUGCUGUUGUACAGAACCCUAUAGUUCAAAAGAAAGACCUCAGCAUGAGAGCCAAGGACCCAGAGGACACUGGGGCCCCUACCACCACGGUGUUUGUGGGCAACAUCUCCGAAAAGGCUUCUGACAUGUUGGUCAGACAGCUUCUAGCGAAAUGUGGAAUAGUUCUAAGCUGGAAAAGGGUUCAAGGUGCCUCUGGGAAGCUUCAAGCGUUUGGGUUCUGUGAGUAUAAAGAGCCCGAGUCCACACUGCGAGCUCUCAGACUUCUACACGAGUUGCUCUUAGGGGAUAAAAAGUUGUUGGUCAAGGUUGACGCCAAAACCAAGGCUCAGCUAGAAGAGUGGAAGGCCAAGAAGAGGAGCACCAACCAGGGAGCCACAGAUGGGUUAAAAAACGAAGAGGAAGGUGAGGAGGAGGACAUUCUUGAUGAAGAAACCUUGUGUCGGGACCAGGUUGUGAGGGGCGCCAUAGACGUUCUUAUUCGAGAAUACUCAAGUGAGCUUAAUGCCCCCUCACAGGAUGGCGACGGCCAGCCGCGCAACAAGAAGCGCAAAGAGAAGAAAGAGGAGGACAUUGCUGCCAUGGAGCUGGAGGAUGACAAGAGAGACCUCAUUUCCAGAGAGAUCAGUAAAUUCCGGGACACACACAAGAAACUGGAAGAGGAGAAAGGAAAGAAAGACAAAGAACGGCAGGAGCUGGAGAAGGAAAGGAGGGAGAGGGACAAAGAACGGGAACGAGAGAGGGAGCGUCGGGAUCGAGAGAAAGAGAAGGAAAGGGAGAGGGAGAAGGAGCGGGAUAGAGAUCGAGAACGCGAACGGGAGAAAGAUAGAGAACGCGAGAGGACUAAGGAGCGGGAGAGAAGUCGAGACAUCAGCGAAGCUCGCAGCAAGUCCGGGGAGAGAACUAGAGAGGAGAAAAAACGUACCCGUGACGAAGAUGAGGAAGACAUUUUUGAACGUCGGAGACUCGAGAGAAGAUUGCGAGACAAAGAGGCUGCUUACCAAGAGCGUCUUAAAAACUGGGAGAUCCGAGAGAGGAAGAAGACUCGUGACUACAGUAAAGAAACUGAGAGGGAGGACGAGAGGCGACGUGAAAUGAUGAAAGAAGCUAAACGACUGAAAGAGUUCCUUGAAGAUUAUGACGAUGACCGGGAUGAUCCGAAGUACUACAGGGGCAGCGCUCUGCAGAAACGACUUCGCGAUCGAGAAAAGGAGAUAGAAAUGGAUGAGCGAGACCGUAAGAGAGAGAAGGAGGAGCUGGAAGAGAUCAGACAAAGACUUUUAGCUGAGGGUCACCCUGAUCCAGAUGCUGAGCUGCAGAGGCUUGAGGAGGAAGCAGAGCGCAGACAACAGCCCCCUCUGAACCUUGAACCUGAGGAGGUCAUAAGCAAAGAGAAAACUCACCGAGAUCGGGAACGAGACCGGCAUCGAGAUCGGGAUCGGGAUCGGGAUCAGGAUCGAGAAAGGGAAAGGGGAAGGGAACGAGAGAAGAGAGGUUCAGAGAGGCCUGUGGAGCAUAAGUCCCAGGUGCCCCAGCAACAUUCAGAUGAUUAUGUGAAUGAAGGGCAGGAGGAUGACUCCCACGAUGGCAAGGACUCACAAGAAACCAAGCCUCAGCUCAAACCCAUCAUGCGACCAAUCACCACUGCCCCCUCGGUUUCCUCUGCCAGUGGGAACGCGACUCCAAACACACCUGGCAACGAAUCUCCCUGUGGCAUAAUCAUUCCUGGCGAGAACACUCCCGAUGUCCUACCUUUAGAAGAGAACCGACCCAAGAUCGGUCUCAGUCUCAGACUCGGUACGACCAACAGUCCCAGCCAGCUGAGCAUGGGGAAGAGAAAGAAGCUCACCACAGUUGAUAGUGUUUUCAACAAGUUUGACGAAGAAGAAGCUGAUGAGCAACCUUGUAAAAGGAAACUGGUUCCGCUGGAUUACGGCGACGAUGACAAGAGUCUUGGGCUUGAUGGGGCAGAAAUCUCCUCGACUAAAAACAGCAUAAACACAGAAGAGAAACGCAAGCAUAUAAAGAGCCUUAUAGAGAAGAUCCCCACCUCCAGACCUGAGCUCUUCUCCUACCCUCUGGACUGGGCUAUGGUUGAUUCGAAUCUGAUGGAUCGUCGCAUUAGACCAUGGAUCAAUAAGAAGAUUAUUGAAUACAUCGGAGAAGAGGAGCCCACUCUGGUUGAUUUUGUUUGUACCAAGAUAAUGGCCCACAGCAGUCCUCAGGGUAUUCUUGAUGAUGUUGCUAUGGUCCUUGAUGAAGAAGCCGAAGUCUUCAUAGUUAAAAUGUGGAGGUUACUGAUAUAUGAAACAGAAGCCAAAAAGAUUGGUUUGGCAAAAUAAAGACCAUAAAGCUUUCUGUUCAACUAGAUUGACCUUUCAGGAUCCACAGACUAAACAUGUGCCCACACCCCCCUCUAUUCUGUCUGCAAGGGGCUGCUACUGUGUGCGUGUGCAUUUGUGUGUGUUAAUGAAAAGAUCUGAGUUGUGAACAAAGGGGUUUGCAAAAAUGUUUUGCAUGGUAAGACAAGCUGUAUUUCUCCCAUUUUGUUGACUGUUGCAGAAAGGACCAGAGAAUAGAGCUGCAAAUUAGCCAUUGGCUGGAAUUCCUUGCUGCAAAUGUUUACUUUGUAUCACUGAUUUUAUGUAACAUCCCUGUUUAAAGACGUUUUAUGCUAAUUGAUUAUAUAAAAGACAUUUCACCCAA